AUGGGACGGAGCUGGAGAGGAGACACCCCAAAAGACAGACACCUUGUAGCUCUGGAGAUUGUCAGCAAGAUAUGUGAGCAGAUAUUGAACGGUAACAGGUACGCAGUGUACAUAGUCCUACCCCUCCAUCCCUCUGGGGAUCCGGCUAGCAGCGAGGUUCAGGAGAUGUUGUUCUGGCAGUCCCAAACGAUCGAUAUGAUGUACAAGAUGAUAGCUAAGGCUAUCUCUAAGAAGGGUCCCGUGGGAGCUAAAGUGACGGACUACCUUAACUUCUACUCUCUGGCAUCAAAAGUUAGAUAUGAACCUGGCUCCAGGGUGAAUCUGACUGAUAUAAAUGUACCGUCGGCAGCAAAGACAAGACGGGGUAUGAUCAGUAUCUGUGGGAGUGUACUGGUGGUAGAUGAUGAGUAUAUCUUACUGAGUAGUGGCGGUGUGUCCCAGGGGUCAUUGAGUGGUAGAAGGAACACCGAGCUAGCGAUAGGAGCCUGGCAGCCCCAUCAUACCCAGGAAAAUAUAGAAGACAAACCACACUUACAAGGCAAAGUGCACAAUUUCCGAUUGUCGCUGUGGGCCGAGCAUACGGGUACAUCUAACCCUUCCUUUAGACGUCCACACCGCAUUGGUAAGAGAUGUGUACGUGAGAUGAAUAAGAUAGCGAAUAGAAACUGGAAGUUGUUUAUCAGCGACAACUUCUCAACUACUUCACAUCUUAUAAAGUACCCCAUCGCUAUACAGCCUUCCGGUCAGGUUGUAAACCGUGACGAUGCAAAGUUCCUACCUGACACCAAGGCCAGAACUCUCGGCAGACAGAUGAGGUGUCCAGCAGAGAAGCUCACCUCCUGA